AUGGACACAGCCCUCGGUAGGGACGUCUUCGUGUACAUAGAUGACGUCUUGAUAGCCACAGACACGAAGGAGCGCCUUAUAGAGGUACUAAGAGAUGUGUUGGAGGCCAUGAAUGGGGCAAAUCUGAAGCUGAAAUCCCGGAAGUGGAUGUUUAGGGAAAAGGUAGCAUUCCUUGGGCAUGAAGUGGACAAGGAAGGAGUGCAUGCGGACCCAGCCAAAAUCGAGAAAAUUCAGAACUAUCCGCAGCCUACCACGGUCAUAGAGAACUUAAAAGCGAACAAAACGGAUGAAGAGGUGAAGUUCCCUGGCAUGACCAUAGGCUCAGAGCAGUUGAUUUUGUUACAAAAGAAGGAAUUGCUCCGAGAAGACGGAACGGUAGUGCCCGUAGACCAGAAGUCGGAACGGAAAAAAGUGUUAUACGAGGCACAUAAGGAAUGA